UCGUAAAAGACUUCUUUGUUUGUUUGUGUGUGUGUGCUGGAUGGACUCGUCGUCGUCUGGAACAACUUCUUCGACGAUUCAAACGUCGUCAGGACCUGAGGAGAAUCUCAUGGAGCAGAGGAAACGGAAGAGGAUGCUCUCAAACCGUGAAUCAGCGAGGAGAUCAAGAAAGAAGAAACAGAAGCUUCUUGACGAUCUAACGGCUCAGGUUAAUCAGCUUAAGAAAGAGAACAGCGAGAUCGUGACAAGUGUCAGCAUCACAACGCAACACUAUUUAACCGUCGAAGCAGAGAACUCUGUUCUCAGAGCUCAGCUCGAUGAACUCAGCCACAGGCUCGAAUCUCUCAACGACAUCAUCGGUUUCCUUGACAAUACCAACGGGAUCUGUUCGAACACUCUGUCUGGUCCAGAGUCUGAUGAUUUCCUCACGAGUCAGUUUAAUAUGAACAUGUUUUAUAUGAACCAGCCACUCAUGGCAUCUUCUGAUGCGUUACUGUAUUAGAAAUGUGGGCCUAAAAACCUCGAAAUUACAAAAUGGGGUCGUUUUUUUUGUCUGAUUGCAAGAUAUGUCCAAAGAGCAAGAGAGAGAGAGAGAUAUGUGUAUAAAUGGGUAUGUUGUUCGAUUGUUCCAUUUCAUUUUCUUUUUGUAGUUUGUUCCGUCUUUGGCGCAAUAUAGUAAAAGCAUUGUUAUGAGUGUUGUUUGUAAUAAAGGCUCUGUUGCCGCAUGACUACAAAGUGCUUUUAAUA